CAGCACUGUGAAGAUCCUUCAUGCGCUUUACAGGAGGGCCUUUUGAGCCAUCGCAGUGUCAGCAACAAUCAGAAGAAAAUGCAAACAUUUGUCUCAAUAGCCCAGAAUGCCUGGGGAGUUUUCAUAUCCGAAAGGAAGCCUGGCUGGAAGUAUCUGAUGCAGCUUUUUGCAGUUUGCUCUGCAGUUGGCUUCCUCUCAAGCUUUCUCUUAUUCCUUGGCAUGCACUUCUCCCUGGCACACCACCCUUUGGGUCCCUUAUUGAUUUCUGGAUUCAUCUGGAUCUCCUUUUCUAUCGCGCUCUCCUGUUUCAAGCACCUGCGCUGUUUUAGUGUCCUGUUCCUUCUUUCUUGUGGACUGCAAAAUGGCAGGAAUGCUCUUAUUACUGCUGGCACAGGCGUCGUGGUGGCCGGCAACGUCCAAAAUAUUUUUCACAACCUAAAGGUUCUGGCAGACAGUAUAACCUGUCAUUUGGAGUAUGAGCAAUUUGCCUUGAUAAAAUAUUAUGUUGAGGCAGUAAAAUGGAUUUACGACAAAGCCAAGCUUUCCACUGAACUAUUACUAAGGCAUGAAUUCACACCAUCUUAUUCAAUUUCAGAUGAUGAACUAAAACAACAGCUAAAUGACACAAAGCAAGAAAUCCAGAGAGUUGCUAACCAGAUAUCUUUUAUGCUGACUAUACUGCCCUGUAUAGGCCAGAAAGUGUUUCCUGUAGUGGGAAUUUUUCUAGCUUCUUUUGGAACUGGCCUCUUUAUCAAAAAAUUUGUGGGCUCUCACAGUGCCAAAUUUAAGAAUACUUAUAUCACUAAACAGUUCAUCGCAUUUGAUGAGCAGCAAAAGCAACAGCAAAGACCCUGCCUCCUGCCACUUAACAGAAAAGAAAGAAAAGAUUAUGUGACAAUCCCAUCUUUCUGCCUCACAAGGAAGGACAAAAGAAACAUGCAGUACUUUUUCCUCCCUGUAAUUAUUCAUCUUUGCAUCUGGCUUCUGUUUGCUGCAGUAGAUUAUUUGUUUUAUUGGUUAAUUAUUUCUGUGAAUAAACAUCUCCAAGAAGUACCCGAUCUAGAGAUUAAACUCAGCCUCUUUCAGCAACGGAAUGAGGACAGCUUUAUCGUUCAUAUGGGAGAGCACAUUGAAAAGACUGCUCCUUUCAAGAUCUCUUUGUUUAAGCAUGACUGCAUCCCUCAGCCAGAGCUCGCUCUCUCCACGACAUGGAUCCAGCUUGGAGUCAUCAUCUUCUUCUUAAGUAUUUUUGGGUUAUUCUCUGGCUUCCUGACCCAACUUAAAAUACUCGUGUCAACUUCAUUUUAUCCUGACAGGGAGAUGAAAAGGAUACAUUAUUUGCAUGCAAAAUUACUCAAGAAAAGAGCGAAGCUACAAGAGAAAACUGGGAAGAAUGUGUUUGCUAGAACGGUCAACUUUUGGUUUCCAAUACUCCAGGCAAGAGAGGCAGUGAGGAAGAAAGAAAGGAGUGUGGCAAAUGACAACAUGGUGUGAAAGAGACCAAGUGAAUCUUUGUUUAAGGCUGAGAUGCUCUAGCUCCUCAGGAACAUGUGUUUUGCACCCAUCUUUCCUACAGAAUUUCAAUUUUAAAACGUAGUAUUUUGGAAAUGUGGAAAAGAAGCCAUGGGAGAUAGUGUGCUCUCCACUGCAGAGAGCUCUGUGUUGCAUUAAUGCUCAUUUUCCAACUUGGGUUAUGCAUUGCCUGAUACUCUACAAAGCCAUGUUCUUCUAUGUAAAAGCAAUCAAACAGCUUGGAGCUUUUAGGACUGCAGCGCAAACCUCUUUGGGUUGAGCUAACAGAGGACAUAAUGGCAGCAGCAGGUUUGUCUUCUUCACAUUUGCCAGACACUGAAGACAGAAGACACAGCAGAGACUGUCCAGCUUCUGGGCUGGCCAAGAACCUAACUAGAGAGCUUAGAAGUUUGUAGACAUUACUAUCUAUUUCUCAAAGCUCAACUGCCCCAAACCCUUCAGCCUGUUUCUUUCCCAUUCCUAGCUUCAUACACCUGCUCCUGCCUCUGCAGCUCUCUCUUCUGCGGGGCCAGUGCUCUAUAUGCCCUGUCAGUCUUGUAGCCCAGCCCAACCCUCCCUCCUACCUCCUCCUCCCACUUACUUUUGCUGAUUUGUCUCUCACAAGUUUCUAAUCCUAGUCUACCAUACAGAAAUCCUCAUUUGGUUUUAGUCUCCCAUUUUCAGAUGUCUGUAGACUGUAUUGCUAGUGCAGAUUGUCCCCUAUCUUUAAUGAUCAUGAGAGAGAUAAUGUAGCAUGCUCAGAAGCAAGAAUGUUCGUGAGAGCUAGAAUAGAGGAAUCAAGUGCUGUGAGUGUAAACAAGCUGGUUUCAAGGUGUAGGAGCAUAAGAGCAGAGGUGAACAAUGCUUUGAAUCUUGCAGUCCGAGAAAGCUUGUGGAAGUGGUAAAAAUGGGCUUAAUUAUGUUGCUAAAGCCACCUUUGAUUUCAAUGAAACAAAAGUGAGCCAAUAUUGAGUGCUUCACCUGUUCGACUAACAUUGGUGUUGUGACCUUCAUAUAACACAAGCACAGACGAUAAGAGCAGAAAAACAUAGGAAUGGCUUGACUGAUGUGGCACUAGAGGUUUAAUGUAGAGCUAAAAAUCCACCCAACACGCAGUGUAUUCUUGAUUUUCAGCCGCAGCCAACUUCUUUCUCUAUGUUUCAUAAGAAUAGCAAACGCUACUCUGUUCCUCUAUAACACGUGCAUU